CCAGCACCCCCCAAGAUCCCAGGCCCCGGAGUCUCAGCGCUCCCAACUUGGCCGGCGCCCUCGGCAGACUCACUAAGACCCACCUAAGGGAGGUGCGCAAGCCCCCACGGUGCAAGCCAAGGCCUGGUUACCAUGGUGAAGCUGGCAGCAAAGUGCAUCCUGGCGGGGGACCCCGCCGUGGGCAAGACAGCCCUCGCCCAGAUAUUUCGUACAGACAGUGCCCUCUUCCAGAAGAACUACACGCUGACCACAGGGGCGGAUUUGGUGGUGAAGACGUUGCCUGUCCCAGACACCACAGACAGCGUGGAAUUCUUCAUUAUUGAUUCUGCUGGCAAGGAGCUGUUCUCAGAAAUGCUGGAUAAACUGUGGGAAGACCCCAGCAUGCUGUGUCUGGUCUACGACGUGACCAACGAACAGUCCUUCCAGAACUGCGCCAAGUGGCUGGAGAAGGUGCGGGCACAGUGCCCCAGCGCUUCCCUCCCAGGUGUGUUGGUGGGGAACAAGACAGACCUGGUGGGCAGGAGGACUGUGGAUUCAGCGAAGGCUCACGCUUGGGCCUUGGGUCAAGGCCUGGAAUGUUUUGAAACUUCAGUGAAAUUGAUGGAGAACUUUGAGGCUCCUUUCCACUGCCUGGCCAAGCAGUUCCUCCACUUGUACCGGGAGAAGGUGGAGGGUUUCCAUGCGCUGGUGUGAGGGGCAGGCAAGGACAGAGAAGACGGACAUGCUGGGACUCCUGAAACCCUGACGGUGACUUUAAAUAAAAAGGACACGGGCAUCACUGCA